AAUUGUCCUGACCCUAACAAACCCUAACGUCUGGUUUUCCCCGGUUUACACGAAUUUCCUAACGCGUGCACACUGCAGUACUUUAGCGAUAAUGGUCAGCAAAAAAACAAAGAAUGCCAAGAGAGUAGUCAAGGAAGCUCAAGAGACAGGUCCUUCUGUAGAACCCACUGCUGGACCGAGUUCAUCACCGAGCCCUGCUGGGCCAAACCCCAAUGAUACUCCUCCUUCACCGUCCCCAGAGCCUGAUCCUCUUGAAGAAGGGAACAUCGUACAACGGGCUGAAAAGGUCAAAGAGAAAGGAAAUGUUGCGUUCAAGGCCACAAAAUACCAGGAAGCUAUCGAGCAUUAUACCAAGGCCAUCGAAAUGAAUCCCCUUGAACCCGCAUUCCUCACUAAUCGAGCCGCAUCAUACAUUGCCCUGAAACGAUUCAGACCAGCUUUGGAUGACUGUCAACACGCAGCUACACUUCAGUCUGCCAACCCAUCAGCCAAAACCCUCCUUAGAUUAGCACGAUGUCAGCUUGCUCUCGGCUCUCCAACCCCUGCUUUCUCAACCCUACGAUCCGUCUUGGCCUUGGAACCCAAAAACCCUACUGCGAUUCAGCUGAAGAGUAAGAUAUCUGAAUUGGAGAACCACAUGAAAACAUUCGAAAUGGCGAGGGAAAAGAAGGAUUGGGGACUCGCAAGACUGGCUCUGGAUAAAUGUAUGCAGGGAAUCGAAGGUGAGGCCGGAGAAGUACCCACGGAUUGGAGGGUAUGGAAAGUUGAACUGGAACUGGCAAAGGGGAAUCUGGAUAGCGCUAACUCUGCUGCAAACGAUGCAAUUCGCUUGAACUCCAACUCUCCGGAAGCCCUCUGUCUGCGUGGUCUCGUGCUCAUGCUCAGUGGUAAGCUGCCGCAAGCCUUGCAGCAUGUUCAGUCUGCACUACGUCUGGAUCCGUCCCAUCUACCUGCACAACAGCUUAGAAAACGAGUGAAAGAUAUUGAGCGGUUGAAAGACGAAGGAAACAUUGCUUUCAAAGCUGGAAAAUUGCAAGAAGCCGUGGCCAAGUAUACUGACACUCUCGAGCGCAUAGGUGAAGAAGAAACAGAAGCGAAGGGAGGUCAAAUCCGUGCCACUCUUUUGUCCAAUCGCGCUACGACUCUUGUGAAGUUACAAGAAUAUGAUCGCGCUCUAUCUGACACGGAAGCCUCUCUUAUUCUAUAUCCCAACUCGUUCAAAGCGCUACGGACCCAAGCUCGGGUAAAUCUCGCUUUAGAAAAUUAUGAGCAGGCCGUACGUGACUUUAAGAGUGCUGUGGAUGAGGCUCAGAAAGACGGUAGUACAACUGAGCGCGACGUGCGUGAGCUUCGCACAGAGUUGAAGAAAGCGGAAACUGCAUUGAAAAGAAGCAAGACAAAAGAUUAUUACAAGAUCCUGGGAGUGCAUCGAGAGUGUACGGAUAUUGAAAUCAAGAAAGCUUAUAGAAAAGAAAGUUUGAAGCAUCAUCCUGAUAAAGGUGGCGAUGAAGAAAAAUUCAAACUCGUUGUUGAAGCACAUAGCGUACUCUCUGAUCCCCAGCGACGUGCACGGUAUGAUAUGGGUGAAGAUGAGGAUGGUCAAAAUGAUGGUAUGAAUGGUGGUAUGGGCGGUAUGGGUGGCAUGAGUCAGGCCGAUAUUGCUAAUCUGUUCGCCCAGUUCAACGGAUUCGGAGGUGGAGGGCAUUCACAUUCCUCGAGAGGCGGGCCAGGAUUUUCAUUCGCGUUUUAGAGUCCACGCUUAUGUUUAUCUUGUGUAUUUCUGUACACUUUUUGAACCUCAGACUUAUUCCGAAAGUCGCUUAAUAGAUAUAUACAGUAUAUCAUACUUUUUCCCAUUGCAGUGCUAGUUUUAUUUUUGAGCAUCUUUUUUUCCUUUUGUUGACCGAUUCAAGCUAGAGA